AUGCAGUACGUACCCUUCGCUUCAGAUAUCGAGAUACCCUUCUACGCUUCUUUGGCAUCUCACAAGAUCAACCAUGACAAGCUCGAUGACUCGGCCCGCAAGCUGCUGGGUCUGUACGAGAUCCGCGCAUCCGAUGCCAAAGAGCAUUCAUGUCGUAUGCAAGUCCAUGGGAAUGCAUUGACCAGCGAUGACGUCCCACCGAACUUCUAUCGAGCUGAAGGCAUCAUCAAAAAUCUGAAUACCAUAGAGGAGUACCGCAAUAUCGACAAGCUCCAGCUGAUUCAGCAGGCUGGUAGAACGAUCUGGGAGGCCAUUAAUGAUGGGACGAUUUAUUCCUGCCCAUCCCUCUUGGCAUCGUUCCUCGUCCUAUCCUUUGCCGACUUGAAGAAGUAUAAAUUCAGCUAUUGGUUUGCCUUUCCGGCACUGACCCAGGAUCCGUCGUGGGUGCCUGUUGAAGCAGAGUCUACUUCACUAGCAACCUCGUCACACCCGGACGCAAAAUUUCCUUACGCGAGGCUGAACUCCAUUGAAAGUACGACUCUGGUGGAUAAGGUCAUGACGUGGAAGUACGGUGUAGAUUCCCGCCAGCAUGGUUUCUUCAUCGUGAGGAAAGAGCGUACCCGAUCACAAAACGCAGAAGACGAAGAAUUUGGUCCGACGUCUCCUCAAACACCACUCACGCCAUCGGAGAAUCUCGGAUAUAUCUGGACGGUGGGCUCACUGUCGAGCUAUGAAACAGGCUUCUUCGACGGGGUCGAACCCGAAGACAGGUAUGUCUGUUUUGCGGAUCCAUCAAAUUACAGCGACCCGGCUGCUCCAGGGUGGAUGCUUCGUAACCUACUUGUCCUCGUCGGACAGAGGUGGAAGAUCGACAAGGUCCAGAUUCUGGCAUAUCGCGAGACACAAAUGAGGCGAGACGCGGCACGCAGCAUCAUAUUCACCAUGCAGGUGUCGAAAGAGAGGAAGCUACCACCCCAAUCGUCGUCGUCGGCCGCGGAACCUCCACCGCUAGCGACCGCAGCAUCCCAGAUCCCACCGACCCCGAAAGUCGUCGGCUGGGAACGUAACGCACAGGGAAAGCUGACCGGGCGUCUGGCCGAUCUGACAGAAUACAUGGACCCAAAGAAACUGGCCGACAGUUCAGUAGACCUGAACCUGAAGCUGAUGAAGUGGCGAAUCAGCCCGAACCUGAACCUGGAUAAGAUCAAGGAGACAAAAUGCCUCCUUCUCGGUGCCGGCACACUGGGCAGCUACGUGUCCCGCAACCUGAUGGGCUGGGGCGUGCGAAAGAUCACAUUUGUGGACAACGGGACCGUCUCGUUCUCCAACCCCGUGCGGCAGCCCCUGUUCAAUUUUGAAGACUGUCUUGCGGGCGGCAAGCAGAAGGCCAUCGCCGCAGCCGAGGCCCUCAGACUAAUCUACCCGGGCGUCGAAGCGGAGGGCCACGUUCUAUCCGUGCCAAUGGCGGGCCAUCCGAUCACGGACCUAGAGAAAACCAAGGCAGAGUAUGAGAAAUUGCAGACACUGAUCGAUGAACACGACGUUGUGUUCCUCCUCAUGGACACGCGUGAGUCUCGCUGGCUGCCCACGGUGAUGGGCAAAGCGGCAGGGAAGAUCGUGAUGAACGCGGCGCUUGGAUUUGAUACAUACGUGGUGAUGAGACACGGUGUUAAACCGGGCGGCAAUUCGCUUCCGUCCUCCUCAGGACAGCCUGCAGAACUCGGCUGCUACUUCUGCAAUGACGUGGUCGCGCCGGCAGACUCGAUGAAGGACCAGACGCUCGACCAGCAAUGCACCGUCACGAGGCCCGGCAUUGCAGCGAUCGCGUCGGCACUGCUGGUUGAGCUGCUCGUGUCCGUUCUACAGCACCCGCAAGGUGCAGCGGCGCCAGCCACCCAGUCACGCUUGACAUCCUCAUCGGCUUCAGACGAAGGAACCGAGCAUCCCCUUGGCAUCGUCCCACAUCAGAUCCGCGGGUUCCUGUCCACGUUCUCGAACAUGAACAUCACUGGCAGAUCGUACGAUUGCUGCAGCGCGUGCUCGGAUAAGAUCCUCGACGCCUACAAGAGCGAGGGCUGGGAGUUCGUCCAGAAGGCGUUGAAUGAGAGGGACUACGUCGAGGAGCUGAGUGGUUUGAAGGAUGUCCAGAGAGCCGCUGAGGCGGCCGAGGCGGAUAUUGAUUUCAGUGAGGAGGAUGGGGAUGACGAGGGUGAUGGGGAGCUGUUGUGA